GGCGCAAAUUGGCGAAACAGUUCCUUACGUGCCGCGAAGUGAAGCAGUCCGACGAGCUGAGUGCAUUCGUGUUCAAGAGAAAUUUUGGCAGUUACCGUUAACUUACGACAGUUACUGUAAAGAGCGCUACUUGCAAGGGCAACAAUAACAAAAAUAACUUGCAACAAAUAUAUAUAAAAAAAAAACAAUAUUGAAUGAAGCAAUAAUGAAAUAAAAUGUAUCAAAAAGUGGUGUGAAAAAGUUCUAUAGUGAAAUAAGCACAGCGAAAUCAUAAAAGCUUAAAUCGCCGCAGGUGUCCUUCGGCGCGCCAGGACAACCGCAUAAUCGACGCAUAAACUCAUUCAAAAUGAUUAACAAUAAUUUGGAUUAUGAGCGUAAUAGCAACACAACGCCAGCGGGUGUCGACAUCGAUGUCGCACCAGCAGCAACAACAACAAUGCCGCCAACCACAAUAUCGCCAACCACGGCGAACAGCAACAAUCGCAAUAGCAACAGCAACAGCAAUCACGCGAACGUCGACAACGGCAGCUACUUUAAUCGUUUCGACAAUCGCAUUGCCGCCAAUUUGGCAGCUGUGCUGACGGGUUCGCGCUUCCGCUCAUCCUCCACAUCUUCGCCCACGAAGACACUGCAAAAGACGAAGAAUGCGAACAUUCUUCGCAGCGCGCAGGGUCUCUCCAAUUCAAGUACAAAUAUGCAUGCCGUCGGCAGCGCAGUCACGCCGCGCUACAAUGGCGUUUCGACGUUGGGCGGUGGCCGGAAACCACCCGCGCAUCUGCAGCUGCAUAACGGUGGCAGCGACUCGCGACCCUCAUCGCCCCAGCUGCACGGCUCGGUGGGGCGCAAUCGACGUCCGUUGCAUUUAUUCACGCAAGCGAAUUUGAACUGCAAUGACAACGAGAAAGCCGCGCACACGCCACCCAGCUCGGACGAAGACAACUCACCCACAGAGCUGAAUAAUUGCAAGCGUUUGGUCGACAAACCGCCCCUGGUCAAGCGUUUAACCAUGGGCCUGCUGCGUGCAAAUGAGGAGUCACGACCGCUUGUCAGUAUUGGCACACCCACGAGCACAACAAAUACAAACACACUGUGCAACGCCCGACUGCACAGCUCGACAAGCAAUAAAAUCUAUUCGAAUGGCUAUAUUAAUGAGGAGGCCUUUGAGCCGGAGAAAUUUAUUGCGAGCAAAUUCGGUGAUUCGUGCCGCCAAUCGCUGACGGCUAUACCCAUGCUGGACACGGUGAAUCUGAACGACAACAGCGAGUUCAAUCUGAAGAAGCGUUAUUUGCGCGAAACAAGUAGUGCAAACUCCAGCCCGAAGAUUUUCGCCAAUCGCCUGCGCAAUAACACAUUAUCGGCCGCCAUACGCUCCAGCGCCACCUCCAAUUCCACCACAAAUACCACAACCACAGCGGAUGCCUUAGACGAAAGCGAGGAAGCUGAUCUCAAGGACGCCUCUUGGUUUCAAGCUGGCAUUUCACGUGACAUAGCCGUCGAAGUGCUGUCGAGCAAAAGUCCUGGUGCCUUCUUAGUGCGCAAAAGCACAUCCAAGCCGGGUUGUUUCGCCUUAACGCUGCGUGUGCCAUCGCCACCUGGACCAAAAACGGCUAACUACAUUAUACUGCGCACGACGAGAGGUUACAAAAUAAAGGGCUUUCGCAAGGAGUUCUCCACGCUGCAGGCCUUAAUAACUCACCAUUCCGUUAUGCCAGAAUUGCUGCCAGUGCCGUUAGCCAUGCCCCGCCCAGCAAAUAUGACCUCAUCGCGGCGUAAUAUCGAUGAUUUUGACACUUACGAUUCACUGCAAAUGCUGGUGAAGUAUUUGCGCGCCAAAACUUUGGAAAAUGAGUAGAGUCAAAUUGAGUGAUAGCGUUUAAUCUUAAGUAAAGUGGCUAUGGUUUGGUCUUACCUGAUGUGAAAAAGCACAAAGCAAGCACAAAGUACUAUGCGAAUUGCGAAAAUUGAAGAAUAAUAAGCUAAAAAAAUACCUUACUCGUACAUGCAUACUCGUUCAUCCCAGCUUCGUACUCUUAAACCACACAAUUACUUCCGUUUACGCGGUGCAGUACUUUAACAAGCUUCAUUACCCAACAAUUACAGCAGCUACAACCAAAAACUUUUCACAGUCUAAUUUAUAAUUUCUCAUUUCUCCCAAAAGCACACAAAAUUGUUUCAAAAAAAUAAAUAUAUAUUGUAGAUAUGUAUAUGUAGCAGCAUAUUUGCCUAUGUAGUAUGAAAUAAGAAAGCAAAAAAAAAGAACAAAAACAAAA